AUGGGGAUAGUCCGAGUACAGAGGCCGUUGUUGUGGCUGUUGGGUGCCGUGUUUUUGCUAUGGGUUUUACGAAGACAGCGCCGAUGCAGCCGAUUUUUUGCUUCUUUAAAAACAAGUAUUCUAAAGAAACUUACGUGCAAACGUUUGGGGAGAAAACAACCCCGCGUGGCUGUCAGAAAAGUUGAUCUAUUUGUAGAGAAGGUGCUCGCCCAGGGAGGCUUACAAGACGUGGAUAAGAUAGUGGGUAUUUUCCCGCGACACUUCGAGCUUGUAGGCCAUGUGGUCGUGGUAAAACUCAACCGCGGAAUAGCACGGGAUGUCUUUGCACCGUAUGCAAGGGCGCUGGCAGAAUCCUUUUUUCCACGAGUUAUUGACGUUGUGUUGUUGGAUACCAUGGGAAUUGUCGGGGAGCUUCGGGAGCCCCACCUAGAAGUACUGUGGUCGAGUGCCACUUCCCACUUUAGUGUGAACGAUAGUUUACUGAAAGUCACCAAGGAGCGAGUGCGCAAGGCAUCGACCUUUACCUCAGAGGACGCGGAGUUGCUCGGCUCAUGCGCAGAAGCGGUAACAUUUACAACUCAUGUCGAAAAUGGGGUCCGGUAUAGCUUUGAUGCAUGUAAGGUAAUGUUCUGUAGUGGGAAUGUGACCGAGCGUAUGCAUUUUGCUUCCAUCAUAGCCAAGGAUGAGGUGGUGGUUGAUAUGUUUGCUGGUAUCGGUUAUUUUACACUACCACUGGCCAUCAAUGGCGGUGUGAAAAUUGUACAUGCACUAGAAAAGAACAAAUACAGUGCGUUGUAUUUGGCAUUUAACGCAGUUCAAAAUAAAGUCAGUGAUUUAAUAGUAAUUCAUUGCGGCGACAAUAGGGACGUGGGAUCGGAGUUGUGUGGUCGGUGCGAUCGAGUAAUAAUGGGUUAUAUACCAUCGUGCGAGUCUUUUUUGCCCCGUGCUAUUUCGUUUCUGAGGCGUUCGACGCGUGGGGAACCAAUGGGGGUGGUUCAUUAUCAUCUCCUUUCAGAGAAAGAUCAGGUCAUAAACACUGUAACACAUCACGUGCGGUCUACCUUGGAUGAAGCAACUACAUCGCUUAUGCGUAUCGUGAACUUUCGCAUGGUGAAAUCAUAUGCGCCGAAGCGUUUUCAUUUUGUGGUUGACAUGCAUUUUAGCAGUUUACAGGAGCCGGAAUAA